AAAUUACAAGCGACCUAAACGUUUCCUCCAAUUCGCAGAGCACCAAGUUCAUUACCGCGGAAGUCACCCGCAGCGUCUCCGAUAACGGGCCGGAGUACCCGAUAACCGUGACUAAUUGUCCGUAAGCACCACAUGCGGGUGGACUUGAAGAAAACGCGGAAAAAUAUCGAUCGCCAUACGCGCCACCUGUUCACAAUGGGGGCCGCGCACCUGCCGGGGCACGCCGCACAGUGGCUCGACCCGCCGGCACGCGCGCACCACGGCACUACCACCAGCGAGCUAGUGGGGACUGACCGUUCGCUACGUCAGACCGUCCGCGCGCCGCCGCAUAUCGAUCGCCCACCAUCCACACCGUCUUACACCCACGCCAACUGUGACUCAGCUCAAGUUCCGAUGUAGCUGAGCGACCAUGCACAUCACGACGGGCCUGUCUCCGGCGUCCGGCGAGAUGCUGGACGCCUCGGUCAACUUCUACGGUGACUCCGGCGAGUGUGGCUUCUUUUCGCUCGACCACGCGGUCCCGGAGUCUUCGCACACCGUCGAAAUCGAAUACGUUUACGAGCAACCCGAUAGCUACGAAUUGAGUGAGCCGACGGUGACACAAGUCAGCAGCCCGAGCGAAGAUGUUCAGCCGAAGAAGAGCUGCGAGAAAAAGAAGAUUGUGGUCGAGGACGAACAAGAGACGGAUCUGACGAAUUUGACAUGGCUCCAGAAUAUAACUAACAUAAUGGCGGUGCCGCAGUUUCCUAUUCCCCCGAUGUCACCCAAUCCGCCGGCGAAGAUUCCACCGCAGAACACCAGGCUGCAGAAGUUCAACCAGACUAUAGCGAAGUGUCAGAAGGACUUCAGCGAGAACAGAGAGGAUUACCAGAGCAACAGCGAGAAGAAACCGCCCUACUCCUACAGUACGUUGAUUUGUAUGGCGAUGAGGUACAACAACGACAAGAUGACGCUGUCUGCGAUUUAUUCCUGGAUACGAGAGAACUUCAAGUAUUACAGGAACGCAGACCCCACGUGGCAGAACUCAAUAAGGCACAACCUGUCGCUCAACAAAGUGUUCGUUAAAGUCGCCCGCUCGAAACACGAACCGGGCAAAGGCGGCUUUUGGAAGCUCGACCUCGCACACCUAGAGGGCACCAAACGCAUCUCAAACAGGCCGCACAAGAAGAAGAAAACCAACGAAACUAAGAAGGAAUCAAAAGUUACCGAGGAGCAAAUCGCUAUCGCAAAUAUACCACUUGAUAUAAAUGAUAUGACAAAUGAAUUGAACCAAGCUGUUACCUUACAUUUGCCGGAGUUUACCCUACAAUUGCCAGAGAUGGAUAUCGACACAAAUAUUGGCGCCAAUGUCAUCGUGGAACCAGUGGCGCCCCCGCCCCUCAUACAGGAAGAUGACUUGUCUUCCUUACUCCUGAAUCCAACGGACUGGUCGGAUCUGCAGUUGGAUAUGUUGGACAAUUAUUUGGAUUCGUGCUUUUAGUAAUCAUCAUCAGUAACGUCUUUGUCACGUCCACUGCUGGAAAUGGAUCUCCUGUAACUUUGAGAAACCACGAGCUGCAUAAUUGCAGCAUGCAGCCCGUAUGAUGUCGUCGGUCCAUCUAGUAGGGGGUCAACACUGCACUAUCUGAUGCAAAGUCGCUUUUCAAGUAAGUCCUGUUCAAAAUAACUCAUUCUACUCAAAAUAUCGCGUCUCUCAACUAGAACCAAACCCAUGUGGUCAUAUAUCUAGCCAAAUUGGCUGGUAACUUUUCAAAGACAUUUAAAUAUUUCAUAAAUGUAACAUUUAAAUAAAUGCAAUUUAUGUAACCGUUCCUUUAAAAAAGCUAUUCUUGGCAAGGGAAUGAUUUUUUUAAUGUUGCACUUGUAGAGCGAAAUUUUGUCUAAAUUAAAUAAAUUGUGGUAUUUUAAAUACUUUAUCGUAUGUCGUAUAUCUCUAAAAAGGCGAAUAAACUAUUAUUAAUAACCUAAAAUAGAAUAUUUAUAAAAAAUGCAAGUUAAACAUUAAAUGGCAUUAAGCGAAAGAUAUAGGUAGGUACUUUAUCUAUUUAAAAAUUAAAUCAUUAAAAGUUUUAAUCAUUAAAAAAAUACAUAGAGGCAGUGAACUUGAAUAUUUUAAAUAUUUCUUCUAAAAGGUCUAAAAAGUGUAGUAAAUUAGUGAUUUAUAACAAACAGCUUUUAAAAGUUUAAUGUGGGUAAUAAAACCUAUAUCAAGGUAAUGUAAAUAUUGUAGAGUUUGUAUAAAAAUGUGAUUAAUCUUCGUAAUAGUACCUAGGUAUUAGGAAAUUAGGUUUUCUACUGGUAAGUUGGUAACGCUAAUUCGUAGCAUCAACAAAUAUAUGUAUUGUAUGAUCCAUAUUACAGUACCUACAGCCUGCAGUCUGUUGUAUUUUUUUUUAAUUUCAAUGUAAACGAGGGAAAACGUGUAAAACCGGGUCUCCUUCAUGUGUUUUGUAGCUUCAGUAAUUUCUUUUACCCGCCAAGAGAUAGACGAUAAGAUGGUGGUACUUUUGAUUUUGAGUUCGCGGAGACGUGCGCGCACUAUGUAUUUUAGGGUAUAAUUAUUAAUAUUCCCAAAAGUGCUUACAGUAGCCUA